AUGGUGAAGAGGGACAGAAUGAGCAGGAAGCUGAUGGAGAGACUGGUGAGGGUCAGGGUACAGGAGCACAGACACAAGAUCCUGACAGAGAGAGUGGCAUGGCAGCAGAGAACAUUUUAUUCCCCCAACAGCAGCUCAGAGACAGUAUUUGACUCUCCUUCUGGAUUCAACAACUGGAAGAAGGCGGCUUACAAAGAUGCAGGAUUUUCAGUUCAUGUUAAGCCUGACAGACACAAGCAAGCCAUGACUGCAUGGAUGGGCUAUCAGAAGGCUGUUAAAUUCCCUAAUCAAGGAACACAACAAGUUCAAGAAAAUUGGGACUAUAUUAAAACAAUUAGUGAAGUGCUGCUACUUACAGCCACACAAAACAUAGCACAAAGAGGACACGACAAAUCUGCAAAUUCAGAUAAUAAAGGGAAUUUCCUUGCAAUCAUAGAAACAAUAGCCAAUCAUGAUAAAGUUGUGAAAAAAAGGUUGACUGCCAUCAAUAAUGGCAAAUAG